AUGCUGCGUACACAAGUCGUCAAGCUCGCAAGAGCCACUCCGUCUGUUCAGCGAUCCUUUUCCGUAGCCGCCAUUCGUGCUGCGGAAGGCGACACCGGCGCUCCCAGAUCUGGCGGAGUUGCAGGAGGUGAUGCCUGGACCAAGCGUGAACAGGCCAACGAGACCAAGUUCAUCCGCGAGAAAGAAAUGGAAAGGUAUGCCUUCUUUAUGCUUGGACCUACGCUUCCAGAGGCCAUCCGAUCCUCCAAAACCCUCGUUCUGCGGAAGUUGAAGGAGAAACUGCAACAACAGCGAAAACACCUUGACGAGCUCGAAACGCAUAUCAAGGAUUUGGAGAGUGAACGUGGGGGUGAACAGUGA